AUGUCCAAUCUUCCAAAGGAUUUUUCGGAUCUUCCAAGGGAUUUGGCGGAGGAAGUGUUCUCUAAGGUGGUUCCGGUGACAUCUCUGAGAAGAGUCCGAUCUACUUGAAAAAAGUGGAACACUUUGUCAAGAUGUAGGAGAUUUGCAAAGAAGCACCUUGCUCAAGCAAGAGUAGCUGCGGCAAAGGAAAAGGAGUUUGUGGUGGUCAUGAUGAUGGAUUAUAAGGUUUAUUUGAUGAGCGUAAAUCUAGACUUAAACUCUGAUUCAUGGAAGGUUCUUGAUGUCCCUCGAGAGUGGAACAUACGGUCUUAUAGCCUUGGUGUCUCUCUCAAGGGAAAUACAUAUUGGUUUGCUCAAGAGACGUUUCAGUUUCCAGAAAACUCCCGCCAAGGAGACCGUGGUUUCUUAAUCUGUUUUGAUUUCACAAGAGAGACCUUUGGGCCGCGUUUGCCUCUGCCCUUUGUGUGGUUUCAUGUAGAUACUCUGACUCUGUCUAAUGUUAGAGAUGACCAGCUUGCUGUGUUAUUUCAACGUGAUGAUACAUUACAGAUGGAGAUCUGGGUUACAACUAAGAUUGAGCCCAACAAGGUGUCCUGGGGCAGUAAGUUCUUCUUAUCAGCGGAUAUGAGUGCACUCACCGCCAGUGAGUUAAAGUUUUCGUAUAUGGCUUCAAGUUUCUUCAUUGAUGAGGAGAAGAAAGUCGCUGUGGUUUUUGAUAAAGGCAAAGACUGGACGUUGAUGCGCAACACAGCUUACAUCAUUGGAGAGGAUUGAUCCUUGAAAGAAGUGGAUCUUGGACAAUCUCCAAACCAACAUCUCCCACCAUUUGUGUGCUCUUAUGUUCCAAGUUCAAUGCAACUUGACUAG